AUGGCCGCUGCAUUUUUAGGAUCAAAUUUAUACAAUUCAAUUACAAAAACAACACAACCAGCGCAUAUAAUAUCAUUAUUUAUCCUUUUAUUUGUCCUUUAUUCAAUAUGGCCAGAAAUUUUAGGAUAUGGAAAUAAACAGAAAAAUAUUUUUUUAACAAUAAUAUAUAUAUUGUCAGUUGCAACACAUUUUGGUGCAUUAAUAUGGAUGACAUUUUUCUCAGGUUUGGCCCUAUAUUUUUCAUUACCAAGGCAUACAUUUGGACAAUGUCAACAUGUAUUGUUUCCUAUGUAUUUUGCAUUAAAUGCAAUCUUAAGUAUUAUAAUAUUUAUUAGUUUUAUAAAAAUCAAAAGUGGAACUUGGAAUAAAAUGGAUUUAACACAAAUAUUUAUUUUGGGAUUUCGUGCUACAACUGAAAUAAUUGUACGUUUAUAUUUUGCACCAAUGAUAAAAACCUUAAUGAAAAUUAAAUAUAGUUUGGAAAAAGUUCAAGGUAGUGGCAAAGAAGUUGGUUAUUUAGAUCAAAAAGAUUUAUCAAAAUGUCCACAAUAUCAAAAUGUUAAUAAACGUUUUAGGAAAAUUCAUGCUGGUGCAGCUAUUGGUAAUUUAACAGCAUUAGCAUGUUCUGUACUACAUCUUUUAUAUUUAGCAACAAAAAUUUCAAUAAGUUAACAAUAAUUUUUAUUUAAAUUUAAUUUUUUUUUUCAUUUUUUAAUAUUUUAGUAGAUUUUAAGUGAAUUUAGUAUUAUUAAAAUU